UCUCCAACCGUCAGUUCAGCGCCAGACCAUGAAGACAUUAAUAUUACUCACUGCUCUGGCAGCCAUAGCCUGUGCAGGACCAGCAUAUUUGGGAAAAGAUGGCGUUGAACAAGAAUCCAGGCUUAAUGGUGUUUUAAAAACCAUUAAAAGGGAACGGAAGUCACCAAUUCCAGAAUCAACUUCGGAUUUAUCUUCCGAUCUACACAGUCAAACUUUACCAGGCAUCAUAGAAAAAUCAUCAAAUUCGGGAUUCAGAAAACCAAUCAUCGUGAAGAAGAAAUUCGGUUAUCAUAUAUACCGGGAUUCCGACGAGGAACUUGCUCAGUCAGAACCACGUCAUAAUUGCAGAAGACAAUUCAGAUUCAAGUUAUGCGAUGACGAUGACGAGACAUCAAAUGAGAAGAUGAGAAAUUUACACACAGAAGAUAUUGACAAUACCGACGUUGAACAAAGCUUGAAAAUGGCUAAAGAAGCAGUAGAAAGUUUGCAAAGAGACCUUCAAAAAAUUCAACGUAAUGCAAAAUUGACGCAAAAACACCAUAGCGAUGAGCAGCUGGAGACUGAAUUAAACAAAAAAGCAGAAGAACCGAGGCAUGUAGAACACUUAAGUGAAAAUAUUUCCAGUCAAGAUCCUCUUUGGAAAACAAUGCCUACAAAAUCGGAAGAGACAAGAAUGGCUGAAUGGAAAGAGGCUAUAGAAAAUAUUCAAAAGAACGUUGAAAUUGCGAAAAAUAUAGAAGAUUCACUAAGAAGUUCCGAGCGUAGUCGUUUGUUAUCAAGUGAAGUGUUAGACAUAUCAAAGGCUCGAAAAUCGGAGUCAGUAGAAUCAACAAUGGUCGAUCCAAAUUUACUUACAGAAGAAAUGAAAUUAGAAAAUAAUGAAGAAAAAGAAGCAAAAAUCCCAGAAGAGAAUAUGGAAACUUAUGCGACCGAAAGCAAAGAUGUAAAAGUAAGUUUAACCAGUGACAAUCUUAAGGUUGACAAAGAGGGAAGUGAUUUAAUGCAUCACAUCUCCAGUAAAAUGAGUUUAAACGAAGAAAGUAAAAUUCCAGAUGAAAACGAUCUUAAGCAUGAGAAACAUGCAGAUGCUGAUUUACUGUCUACUCAAGAUUUAGAAGAAAAAACGAUAUCUAAGGAUAUUAUUUCCACACCUAAAGCAGCACAUGAUUCUGUAGAAAUCCAUCAAGGUAUAGAAUUACCUAAACCAGAAAAUCUCGAUACACGCAAAUCUAUUAAAUCUGAUAGCAUCAAUGAAAAAAGUGCUAAUUUAGACAAUGCUGAGGAAGAGCCACUGCUUAAAUUAAGUAAGGAAACGUUAGAGGUAUCUGAUGAAACCGAAAAAAUGAAAGCUAAAGAAGUCACUGGCUUAAAAAAAGAGGAAAACAUUAAUAUGAAUAACUUGGAAAUUAAAGAUGCAGACACAUCAGAAAGCAGAAUUUUGGUCAAAAAUGCAGACUCUUUAAUGGAAAAAGAAGCCAAUAUUCAAGAUUUGUUUGAGAAAAAAUUAUCAGAUAGACCAGUACACUGGGGAAUGCAAAAAUUAGCUAACACAGAAGAAGAAAAGCAAAUUACUGUGGAUUUAAGUAAGUUAAAUGCUGAAACCCCCGAAAUGCGUUCUACCCAUGAAAUUAAUGAAGAUAAGAAGGAAGUUCACAAACAAUCUAUUGUGGACUUAAGCAAGAAUAAGUUGACUGUUGAAAAAUCUGAAGUACGUUCUAACCAUGAAGACAAAAACGUAGUUGAAAAACAAACAGAAUUGAAAGCCAUGAUUCCUGAUGAUCUUUUAAAAGAACGCAGUGAAAUGAGAGAAGCUACAGAAGAUGAUGAAAAACAAUUAGUUGCAGGAAAAUCAAACAUGGAAAAUGAUUUAAUGAAAUUACGUGAGUUUGAAGAAAAGGACGUUAAGAUAAUUCCUAACGAUAUUAGUCAGGCACGGAGCGUAGAGUCUGAGCAGACCGAAAAAUUAUUUGAUCGUAAAAUUCAUGAUGACAAAAUAGCUAAAUCUGUUGGUGGUAUUGAUUCUGCAAUCAAAGUGGAAGCUCCGCAUUCCCCUAAGAAUCCCAAAAUUGUAGAUAUGACUCAUGAGAAGCAACACUUUAACAAUGACCUUAAAUUUAGAAAGGUAUCGGAAAGUUUCGACAACCAAAAGCUAGAAAAACAUAAUAGAGAUAUGAUGCAUGAAGGAAAUACAUUGCGACUUAUUGAUCAAUCUGUUGAUUCCCAUGGACAUUUACCAACGGAUAGUAUUAUCGAUUUGAACGCACCUUCUACAAAAAUGUCAGAAAUUGAUUAUUAUACUAAUUUGAAUUCACAAGAUUCUGCACAAUUAAGUCAGGACCACAAAACCAAUUAUCAUACAUCUACUCAUAUAAAGGAUGGUAUGCCUAAUUGGAAUCGCCAUGAUUACGAUAUGCAGGAACCUUUUGUGAUGCGUGGCUGGCCUCAACGCGACAGAUUCAGGAGUGACUCUCAAUUAGAUGCUAAUACUGGCGCACUUGGUCACAUUCACCACCACCAUCACCCAGGCAAGAUACAUUUCGAAGACGAUUCUCAUCAUUUUCUACCUAUGGGAAGAUUUGUUAACAACGCUCAAGGAAAUAAACAUGAAUUCAUGAUAAACGAAGAUAUUCAAGAAAGUGGUAGGGAAGCCGAGUGGGAUGCUGCAAUGCAACCCAGUUCGUUUAUGCAUAUGCGCGACGCUUUAGAUAAAAAUGGUUCGCCAUUCGGCUACCGUCAUGCCGGUUUUGGCCCAAGUAUGCCGUUAGUGGGUCCAGCUCCGGGUGGUUCCAACAACGUUGGUCUAUUUCCCAGCAGCAACGGAGGAUGUGGAAUUCCUCUGCUAUUGAGUUGUUCUCCAUCUGUGGUAUCAGGAAGCUUGGCGAAAUCUCAUUCAGUUGGCUACAAUAGUGCUGCCGCGUAUAGAUCAGGGGAUGACAUGAGAUUCUAUACAAAAAGGGAUGCAAACAGUCUGACUGAGACACCAGCUGGAAAUGUCAAAACUUUCUCACUAGCACCUUGAACGAUAAGUAAAUAAAAUAUGUUGGUCCAAAGAAAAGCACGUCAUGGCAUUGAACCCGUAAUGAACAAUAAGUGUAUUCUUUAAUUGUAUUUAGAUUAAGUAAUUUAAAUGGAAAUACAUCACAAAGAUA